CUGGACAGUGAGUCUCACCUGAGUGAAUCCAGCGACAGGAUGUCUGAUUUUGAGACCAACGCCAUCACCCCAGUAAGUGGAGAUGAGGCCGUAUUAGCCACCACAGGGUCUGUGGCUGAUAGCCUGGAGAAGAUGAAGGCUAUUUACACAUCCUUCCUAACCAACUCCUACUGGUCCACACUGAAUCUGAACCUGAGCCAGCCCCCUGCAGAAAAACCCCCUCGUAGUCACAGCAGCAGCAGUAGCAGCAGUAGUAGCAGUAGCUGUGGAAGUGGAGGCUAUGACUGGCACCAAACAGCUAUGGCUAAAACCCUUCAGCAGGCCUCGCAGAACCACCACAACCGACUGGCAAUGGUUCACCAUCCCACAGUGGCCGUAUCCACAGCAUCCACAGAACCCAACCUCUUUAGUACCGUCCAGCUGUACCGGCAGAGCUCCAAGCUUUAUGGCUCCAUAUUCACUGGUGCUAGCAAGUUCCGCUGCAAGGACUGCAGUGCAGCUUAUGAUACACUAGUGGAGCUGACGGUGCACAUGAAUGAGACAGGCCAUUAUCGUGAUGAUAACCAUGAGACAGAUGGUGCGGGUGCUAAACGGUGGUCGAAACCCAGAAAGCGUUCCUUGCUAGAGAUGGAGGGCAAGGAGGAUGCACAGAAAGUCCUGAAGUGCAUGUACUGUGGGCACUCCUUUGAAUCCCUCCAGGACCUAAGUGUCCACAUGAUCAAGACGAAACACUACCAGAAAGUGCCUCUGAAAGAGCCCGUUACGCCAGUGGCAGCUAAGAUUAUCUCCUCAGCUCGAAAAAGAGCCCCUAUUGACCUAGACAUCCCCAGUUCACCUGACUCUAACGGAGGCACACCUAAGCCCACUUCCCUCAAUGACUCUAAUGACAUACUCCAGAAGGCCACAAACCCUUACAUCACACCCAACAACCGCUAUGGACACCAGAACGGUGCCAGCUACGCCUGGCAGUUCGAAUCCAGGAAGUCACAGAUUCUCAAAUGCAUGGAGUGUGGCAGCUCUCAUGAUACACUGCAAGAGCUUACAGCUCACAUGAUGGUGACUGGACACUUUAUUAAAGUCACCAAUUCUGCUAUUAAGAAAGGUAAACCCAUCAUAGAGUCGCCCACCCCAGCUCCCAUCAUUAACUCAACAAAUGAGGAAAAGUUUCAGUCAGUUCCUCUGGCUGCCACAACCUUCUCCCCACCACCUGCCCCAGUGCCUCCUCCAGCCAGCAUCUCCCCUACUGCCAUGGUUGUGGAGAUAAAAAAGGAGGAGAAAGAGGAGGAAUGCACUAAAGAGUCCACCAUCAACAAUGGAAACAAUGUCAACAAAGAGAAGAGGGCGGGAGGCGAUGAUGAGGCAGAGGAGAAAUUUGAUAUUUCUUCAAAAUACAGUUAUCUGACUGAGGAAGAUCUGGAUGACAGUCCAAAAGGGGGUCUAGACAUCCUUAAGUCCUUGGAGAACACAGUGACCUCAGCCAUCAACAAAGCUCAGAAUGGAGCUCCAAGCUGGGGUGGAUAUCCAAGUAUCCAUGCUGCCUACCAGCUCCCGAACAUAAUGAAGCUCUCUCUAGGAAACUCUGGGAAGAGCUCUCCCCUUAAAUAUAUGUUCCCUGGAGGGGAGAUUCUCUCUCCCACCAGCAAGAGCCAACCUUUGAUCUCCCCUCCAAGCCGCCAGAACUCUCCUCUCACCAAGAACAACUUCCAUGCUAUGGAGGAACUGGUCAAAAAGGUGACAGAGAAAGUAGCCAAGGUAGAGGAAAAAAUGAGGGAGCCAAUUGGUGUUGUAAGGGCGUCUCCUCUGAGACGUACAACACCUUCACCCUGCAACAGUGAAGCAGGGGACUCAGCCAGAGGUGAGUCCCCCAAAGAAAGUAGGGCAGUAGGCUGUAAAACUCCUGAGAAUGCGGGUGGAGUGGAAAAAGUAGUAGGAGAUGGAAGUGGACCAAAUCACAGGGAUUCAAAUGGAGAAAUUACUAUGAAGGAGUCUAUGGAGAAUGGAGUAGAAUCCAGUGGUGUGACAUCCCCCAUGCCUGCGUCCCUAUGUGGCAGCACAGCCAUCAUCACAGACCAUCCACCUCCAGAGCAGCCAUUUGUCAAUCCUCUCAGUGCUCUGCAGUCUGUAAUGAACGCCCACCUGGGAAAAGCUUCUAAGCCUGCCCUGCCCUCCCUUGACCCCAUGAGCAUGCUGUUCAAGAUGAGCAACAGCCUGGCAGAGAAAGCAGCAGUGGCUGCCUCCACCCCACCAGCACAGACCAAAAAGCCCAGCAACGACCACUUAGAUCGCUACUUCUACCAGCAACAUCUAAACAAUGACCAACCCAUAGAUCUCACCAAAGGCAAGAUUGCUGACAAAAACGGCAGUAGUGCUUCUUUGGGCUCAACGGCUCUCUCUUCCACCACCUCCACCCCAUCCUCAAUUUCCCCCUCCUCCACUGUCACUAUGACCAAAGCCUCAGCUGCUGUAGCUUCCUUCAUGUCCACCUCCCCUCUGAGGGAGAACGCCCUGUCAGACAUUUCUGACAUGCUGAGGAACCUGACAGAGAGUCAAGCGGUCUCCAAGUCCUCCACACCUACCAGCCUGUCCGAGCGCUCCGACAUUGAAGGUGCCACGCAGGAGGACACGGAAGACAUCUCACCAGCCCAGAAACGUAAAGGGCGCCAAUCCAACUGGAACCCUCAACACCUCCUCAUCCUACAAGCCCAGUUUGCUUCCAGUCUGAGACAAACAAGCGAUGGCAAGUACAUGAUGUCGGACCUGAGCCCACAGGAGAGAAUGCACAUCUCCCGUUUCACAGGCCUCUCGAUGACGACGAUAUCCCAUUGGCUGGCUAACGUCAAAUACCAGCUGAGGCGAACUGGUGGCACCAAGUUCUUGAAGAACUUGGAUUCGGGUCACCCGGUGUUCUUUUGCAGUGACUGCGCCUCCCAGAUCCGCUCGCCGUCAACCUACGUCAGCCACUUGGAAUCCCACUUGGGCUUUCGUCUGAGAGACCUGGCCAAGCUUUCUGGGGAGCAGCUGCUCAGUCAGAUAACGCACCAACACCAUCAGCAACGCCACACCAAAGGACUGUCUGAAAAACUGCUCUCUAACCUUCACCCAUCCAACAACAGUGGUUCUGUGUACCAGUGCAAGCUCUGCAACCGGACUUUUGCAAGCAAGCAUGCGGUCAAGCUUCACCUGAGCAAGACUCAUGGGAAGUCCCCUGAGGACCAUCUCAUGUAUGUGUGUGAGCUGGAGAAACAGUAG